AUGAACAACAUCUCUAUGGGAUUUUCAUGUGGGGAUGGUUUUGAAGGAGAGGAAAGUGAAGUUGCGCUUUUAGAUGAAACGAGGGAGAAGCAGCAACACAGCAGCUGGGGGUGUGGUAUGGAAGCUCCUCAUAAUCAUGUGCAGCUUGAAGUCGACUUCCAGUUCUGGCCAGUAGAACAUCCUUUGGAGCCACCCGAUGAAGAUCGCCCUGUCAAAUGUCCCAUGCCCGACUCUUCUGUUAUCAAUGACGGAGGAAGGCAGGAGAAAAGGUCGUCAGAGAGCAGCGCCAUGCGUAAGAGAACAGAAGUAUCAUCUGCUGCUGCAGCAACUUACAGCAAACCAAGAAUGGAUCAGAUGGUGGUGGCAGUGGCAGAGCCGCCUCCUGCUGUUCGAGCAGUGCGUAAGAGGCAUCACAACACUCUCACCCGCGGCGACCAUAUGAUAUCACCGCUAAGGCGAAUGCCACCCAUUCCUUCUCUCCCAACCCAGAGCAUUACCAUCUUUCAAAUGCUUCAGCAGUUAGACAAGUUCGAGUCUUGA